GAUUUUUCUAAUUGGAGUUUUCUUGUUUUCUAUUCUGUUUUUAUUAUUAGAUUUUGAAAAAUGGUUAAUACAAGGUCUGAUGAUGAUAUUGAUAAGAGCUUAAAUGAGAUUGCGGCUCAAGCGAAGAAGCCUCAAACUCCUGUUGUUAAGCCUGUUAGCAAGGAAAAACAAAAACGAACUCUGAAAUCUCCUUCUAAAAAAGCUGGUGUUAAGUCUCCUGUAAAGAAAAAACAGAAAAUUAAUGUUCAAUCUGCUUCUGCUUCAGUGAAGAAGGUUAAGAAUGUUACUGGUAAGAAGAAGGUUAAGGUUGUUUCUGAAGAAUCUGAUAAUGAACCUUAUUCAGAUACAGAAAAAAAUGUUCGACAUAGAAGACCAAAUUGAAGACGCUUAUUUGCUCAUAAAGUUGUUCCUUCAAGUAAUAAUAAGAAUUUUGACUUUGUGGUUGAUCCAAGUAAGCACUUUUUUGGAAAAGUCAAUGUUCCAUAUUCAUUUUCUGUUUGUGCAAAUAUUAGGAGAAUUAUAUCGAAGGAUCAGUUUGUCAAGUUUAAGGAUAGUCGCUUUGGUAUUUUUUUUUAUUUUAAUUCCGCUCUUAUGCAACAUCAGUUGAUACAUUCUUUGAUGUUAAGGUAGGUUUAUUUUGCAGAUGAUAAAGAGUUGUGGUUUGAUAUUUGUAGUAGGAAAAUGAGAUUUAGUAUGUA